AUGUUCGAGAUCAGCCCCGAAAGACAAGGUGUUGUUACCAUCAAGGACCCAUUGUCAUCUGGCCGAAGGGAGCACAGCUUCGAGUUCAACAUGGUCUUCAACGAAGAGACAUCGCAAGAUCAGCUCUUCAUGCCGGUGGCGGGUCAGGCAGUAGAUGGCGCCCUUCAGGGACGUAGUGGCUGUGUCAUCGCCUACGGUCAGACUGGCUCCGGCAAGACCUACUCCAUCUUUGGCGAGGACGAUCGCCCGACUGAGAGGGGGCUUCUCCCACGAGCCAUGGAACGGCUACUGCAUGGCUGCGCACAGAAGGCAAGCAGAGACGGCGAGGAGUUGGACGGCAUCACAGUCAGCUUCCUGGAAGUCUACAUGGACCAGGUUCGGGAUCUCGGCUUCGGUAGCAGCACCGAAGAUCAGGCAGCGGAAGAGACGACGCCCCGCAGAUCUUCGAGUGGUGGCCUUGCCAAAGAUGACGGAGGAGAGCCGGCAGUGCACAAGCGGCCCAAGCUGAGACGCUUCGCUACACAAGGCUCAAUCGCCGACAGAGACCAAGGGGGGCAGAAUUUGUUGCUGCGAGAGACUCCGGACGGCUCGAUCCAGGUCCAGGGACUUGCGCAGCUGAAAGUGCGAGACUUGUCCGACGUUUCACGCAUCGUGCGUGCUGGUCUAGCUCGUCGGGCGACAGCCUUGACGGAGUCCAACGUUCGCUCCUCGCGCUCACAUACGGUCUUCACCGUGCAGCUACCUGUCACUACAGCAGACGGUGUGCCGACACAACUGAGCUUCGUGGACUUGGCAGGUUCCGAGCGCCUGGCUAAAUCCAAGGCGGAAGGCCAGCAGUUCCAGGAAGCUAUGGCCAUCAACACUUCGCUCACGGCUUUGGGGAAGGUGGUCCUCGCCUUGGCAUCAGAUCCAAAGGUGGUGAGACAUGUGCCAUACCGCGACUCGAAACUGACCCGGAUCCUGUCUACAUCCCUCCGCACCCAGGUGUCAGUUCUUGCGACGAUUCAUCCUCGUGUGGAGGACUACGAGGAGUCGUUGAACACCCUCUCCUUUGCGGAUCGCUGCAAGAAUGUGGCAAGGCAACCGCAGGUCAAGUACGUGACGGCUUCCGGCACCCAGAAGGCCAAGAUUGCGGACCUGCAGCGCCAGGUUGCUGAUCUGAAGGAGAAGUUGCGCGAGGUCCACGCCAGUCGAAAAGCUGCGAAGACCGAUGACGUGGACGAUGCCAUUGCACAGGCUUUGGCGAUGGCAGCGGCACCAAGUGCUGGGGGCAUGCGAACCGAGUCGAUGGCGACAGAUGUCUCGGCCAGCGGCGGUGGCGAUGGUUCUCGACGAGCAGCCGACAAUCCCCAGCUUAACAUGCUGAUGAAGCUCCAGGACCAGCGCAAGCAACAAGGACAAGCAAUCCAGAAGUGCCACGCAAAGCUGGAGGAGCUCUCGAAGAAGAAGCAGGAACUUCUGCAGUCAGAUCCCCGUGACACCGAGGCACCUCUGCAAGUGUUAGUUUUGAGCAAGGUUAUCGGCUAUCGAGUGCCAAACGCCAUGGCAUAUGUCUGGCGGGAGUUGAUGAAAGCACAGAAGUCUCCGUCGUUCUCGCUGCGGAGUCUGGGACUUGGUGCCGCUGGCAAGUCCAAAGAAGAUCAGGACCAGGAAGCAAAGCGGGUGAAUUCAGGAACGACCGAAGCAGAGGAGUCGAGUGCCCAGGCAUCCAAGCCUUUGCUCAGCCAGGAGGGUCCGGCAAAGGAAGAAACCAAGGAGAAGCAGGAUGCGGAUACGGAGACCUCCUUCUCACGUGCAGCGGUGCUCAAUGUGGUUACGAAGGUUCGAUACUACCUGAGUCACGCAAACGACGUUGAGGAAAUCUAUCGACGGUUCGAUUCCGAUCAUGACGAUUACCUCGAUGCCAAAGAGCUGCAGCAAGCGCUGCAGUACAUCGAAGAUCGAGAUGGAACGAGGGAGAAGUACGGCAUGCUCGUCGCAAUCCCUGUGACAUCCGAUGAUGUGCUGUGGGUGCUGGCCCAGUGCGACAGCUCUGGGAAUGGCCGCAUCAGCCGAGAUGAGGCAAUCCCGGCUAUGGCGAUGUGGCAUGCGCUGGCCGACCGUAACUUUGCUCGACAGUCACAGUGCUGUGAAGUCAUCAACCUCGAGAACCGCAGGAAUGAGAUGAAGUUGGAGCUCACUAAGUUGCAGGAGAAGAUGGACGAGUUCGUGAAGGAGAAGGCCAAGAACUUCCCCGAACAGCUGGACCGCAUCCUCAAUUCCAGUGAUCUCGACGACGGCAACAUCAUCUUCAAAGGUCACGACGCUCUGGUGCAGGGCCAGGCGAUCGCUCCUCGAAUCGCCAAUGCGCUGGAGGAUGGCCAGAAGGACAUUGAAGAUCAGGGCAAAGAGGGCUUGCAGGACCUGAAGAAAAGGCAGACCGAGGAGCUGAAGGAGGCGAAGGACGGGCUGACCGCUACGCUGAAGACCAAGUGCGAGACGAACCUGAAGCUCGUUGAGGAGUACGAGGAGCUUCGACUCGCUGAGGAAGCAGGGCUCAAGGCGGCUCAGGACGAGCUGGACAGCCUCUAUUCUCUGGUCUUUCGCCUUGUGAACCUGAUUUCUGACACGGAGGAGGGUGUCUAUCCGGUGAUGAGGCGCAGAAGGGAACCACUCCAGGGCAUUGUUGAAGAGGCAACACCAUCUCUGAUUCGUCGAGUCUGUUACAGAGUCCAUGUACGCCGCCGCCAGCCUCAGCGGAACAUAGCCACGGCUGCUUGA